GAAACGCAGUUUCCGCGAAUCGGUGCUCGACGAAAAAAGUGUGCUGUGAUGUUGUGCUUCGUAGUCCGGCGAAGGAUCAGGCUGAGCAAAUGAAAAAGGAGGAAGAUUGGGACCCGAGUUAUCACAAAUGCAGUCAACAUGGAUUCGCACGUCGGUCUUGACUACAUUGUGGAUAACCCCGAUUAUUGUACCAAACUUGCCUCAGCACUAGACACAGCUUGCACGUCCGUGAAAAAACAAGUAGUCGAAUUACUCUCAGCCCUGUGCGUGUACAGCCAAGAUGGACGGCAACGUGCCAUUGACACCCUUCACAUUUAUCAGGAUCGAAAAGGCGAACGAUAUCGAUUACGAGUCGUGGUGGAUGAACUACAGAAAGCAACGGCGGAAGACUACCAGACAGCGUUGCUGGCAUUCAUCAACUGUCUAGUCAUUUCCACACCGGUCCUCAAAGACCGAGUCCGAAUUCGCAAUGAGUUCAUCGGUUUGAAGCUCCUCUCGAUCCUCAGCGAUCUGCGAAAGGAGAAGAGUCACGUGCCGGACCUGAGAGUGCAAUUGGAUGUUUUCGAUGACCAACGUGAGACCGACGAAGAAUUGUCCAAUCACGGACCACCAGGGAUCGAUCUCUCGUCACACGUCGACGUCUUUUACGCAAUCCUUGGACAGAUCGCAGACACCCCACAAGAAAUACCGUUUUUGAGUAUUCUCCAACACUUGCUGCGACUCGAUCCAAAAGAACCUGCCAGUGAUCUUGCUUGGGACACCGCCGAAACAUUAGUCCACAGAGCAACUCUUUUAGAGAACAGGGAAGAUGCUUCUAAACUCUUGAGGUCUCCUAGUCUUCAGACAAACUUAUGCUGCCACUGUCGAGUGGCGGAUCAGACGUGCGGUACCAACCGGAAGGCUUCAGUGCCGACGAGUUCGCCGCCUCCACCGCCGCCAGCGCCACCCGUGCCGGCAGCCCCACCACCCCCAAGUCCCCCCACCAGCUUCGCUUUGCCACCCCCACCCCCGCCACCACUUUUCAUCCCAAUUGCCCCUCCCGAUGACCCGAUGGAACCACCCCUUCCACCACCCCUACACGUUCCAGCCGUUACUAGGGCUCCAACUCCUGAACCCCCAAGCAAUAAUGCGAAACUCCUCCCCCAGCAGGAGAUUCCCACCCCCAAGACGAAAAUGAAGACUAUCAACUGGAACAAAAUACCCAAUCACAAGGUCAUUGGAAAACGAAAUAUUUGGGCCUUGGUGGCAAAUGAACAUCAAAAUUCUCCAAUGGCCGAUUUGGAUUGGGCAGAAAUGGAAGGACUUUUUUGUCAACAAAUGCCCCCUAUUUUACCACCUACGACCUGUUCUUCCAAUUUUGGAACUGGGGUAGAUGCUGAAAGACGUCGUCGGGAACCUACCGAGAUCGCUUUACUGGAUGGAAAGAGGAGCUUGAAUGUGAACAUUUUCUUGAAACAGUUUAGAAGUUCCAACGAGGAUAUAAUCCAGUUGAUUAAGGAUGGAGGUCAUGACGACAUUGGAGCGGAAAAACUUCGAGGUUUAUUAAAAAUCUUGCCGGAAGUUGACGAGCUCGAAAUGCUCAAAAGUUUCGACGGCGACAAGUCGAAACUCGGAAAUGCUGAGAAAUUUUUCUUGCAACUCAUUCAAGUGCCAAACUAUAAAUUACGAAUCGAAUGCAUGCUGCUCAAGGAGGAAUUUGCUGCAAAUAUGGGCUACCUUGCACCCAGCAUCAAUUCUAUGAUUCUCGCUGGCGAGGAUUUGAUGACGAACAAACCAUUGCAAGAGGUUCUUUACAUGGUUCUCGUUGCAGGAAACUUUCUCAAUUCGGGUGGCUACGCAGGAAAUGCAGCUGGAGUGAAAUUAUCGUCAUUGCAAAAAUUGACAGAAAUCCGAGCUAACAAACCUGGCAUGAAUCUCAUUCAUUAUGUGGCGCUGCAAGCUGAGAGAAAACGAAAGGACUUGCUUAAUUUUGCAAGAGGGAUGAACACUUUGGAUUCAGCCACCAAAACGACUGUAGAGCAAUUAAACAACGAAUUCAACUGCCUCGACACAAAAAUAAAGAAAAUUAAAAGCCAAAUCCAAUUGCCUUCCACUGAGGCCGACAUCCAAGAUCAAAUGGCCCAAUUCUUACAGAUGGCAGAGGAGGAAAUGGCCCAAUUAAAAAGCGAUAUGGAAGAGCUAGAAGGUGUGAGAAGAACUCUGGCUGAAUUCUUUUGUGAGGAUUCAAACACCUUCAAAAUUGAAGAGUGUUUUAGAGUUUUCCAUCAUUUUUGCCAAAAGUUUAAUCAAGCGAUUGCAGAAAACGAAAGACGAAGAGUUCAAGAGGAACAAGUUCAAGCCAGAAGAAAACAGAGAGAAGAACAAUUGCUUGCCAAAAAGAGACUUCUGUGCAAUCAAGCAGAGACUCCAGGUUCGGAAUCUGAAUGCAAUCUAAUGGAUUAUGGAAUUUUUGAUAUUGGAAUGCCUCAGAAACAUUAUAGUCGCAGUGAUGCCAAGAUCAAAAGACUGCAGAAUGGAUUAGUAACGUCGGACGAAGAUAUUUCAACCACAGGAUCACCAAGUAUACGAAGAAGAUUAGGUUCUUGUUCUGGUGGUCCUGAUCAGCUAUCUACCAAAGAAGACACCUACUCGCCUGAUAUCACGCCAAAUGGAACUCUUCGUCGACGUAGAAGUCGAAUCCCUUGUGAGGACGAUGAUGGCAACUUAAUGGACUUUUUGAGAACAACUGGGCAGGACAAUACUAGGGAAAGAAAAUCUUGGGGUAGUCUAGACCGAUCUUGGGCAAAGAGGGCAAGAGGUCAGCCGCGAAGGGGUGACCUUUUAAAUGCCGAUUUUUCUGGGGAUAGAGAGAGACCAAAUUCUCCUUCACCUCUUGUUGAAAGUAAACCUUUUUUACAAGAGGAAGAAGCGAAACCGACAGGAAAAGCAUGGAGGCAAAAAAUUGAGGCUUGGUUAUCUGAAAACGAAAAAGAGGAACGUGCUGGCGAAGAGCUUCAACGAAAAGCAAGACAACUGCAGGCGAAUCGUAAGGAUUCAGGUAUUUUUUACUUUAUUAAUUAUUUUUAUAAUUAUUUCGUAUUAUUGAGCAAUACAUUUAUUUUUCAAAUUGUUAUCCCAUCUCUUUUGGUUUUAGAGAGCGAAGGCAAAAACUCGUUAGCAAACAUUCCGGCAGAAGAAAGUUCUUUGCACGAAGGAUACACCAAAUCAGAUGUCUACGAUUGGCGUCCCUCUGUAGAAAAAACGGACGUGAUGAGAACCAUGGAAGCCAUUGAGGAAGCUCAACCCCUUUCAUCUCAAAAGGACAAAUCUGCUUGGAGAAAGUCGAGCUUGAAUGUACCGAACAGUCUCGAAGAGACGGAUCCACGCUAUUCUCGAAGAAUUAGAUCCAGACUCAGCACUGAAAAUAUGCUGGGUUCAAGUACAUUACAGGCCAUCAGAGAAGAAGAACGAAAGAAAAACAACAAAAUUCCAGAGAUAGUGAGCACAGAGCCUCUAGACGAAUUAACAAUUUACCUUCGUCAGCCAGUCCCAGUACCUCAAGGUCCAGCUAAGAGAAGAUUGUCGCAACUUGGCAAGAAAAACUUCGAAGCAGACACCAUCAGCGAUAAAAUAGAAAUUGACUCAGACAACAUCGAAACUCCCCCAGCAACCAGAAGACUCUUCAGUCCUCCCAAAGACGUGAAACCAGUCGAAAAGGAACCCUGCAAACGAGAAAGAUGCAGCAACUCAGUUCAAGGAAGAGAGGCAACAAAGCCUGGAAAUUCCUAUGCAGAUCUUGGUUCUGGAAACUUUGACAGAUAUUCCAUAGCCAGAAGAACAAGACGUUACAAAAAGAAUCAAGAUCCUGUCUCGGAAAAACUGGAAAGUGCUUUAAAACAGGAAGGUGCCUUAAAAUUGGAAGGUCCUUUGAUAAUGGAGGGUUCUUUGAAACAAGAGGGUCCUUUACAAAUGGAGACUAAUUCUGAGUCUUAUGAAGUACCGCCAAGAAGGCCCAGUACCCUUUCACUUUCUGAUGACAUAAACGACAGUGAGGCGGUGCUUCAAGUUUGGCAGGAUAAAUUAAAACGUCGUGAUGUCACCAAUGACAUCGGCGCUGCUUUGGCUGAAAUAGCCAAAGCUGAAGAAGAUUUGCAACAUAUUUCCAGGAGUUCUGCCCAACGGAGUACGCGACUUCCGGUUACUCAACCGGCUCCAGUUGUUGCUGUUACAAAUACGGUUCUGAGUCCUGUGAUGCAAGAAUCUAGGCCUCGAGAAGCUCCUAUGAUUUUGGCCGAGAGAGCUGUUUCGAGUCGGGAACGACGUAGGAGCAUGAUUGAUCCCAGCCAGGUUAAAGAAGCCAUGAGAGUGAUGAGCGAUCCUCCAAGCCAAGCGAAUAUCCCAGAGGUCGUAAGUCCAACCAGGGAUCUUCUUUCUGAUCCUUCAGAUCGCCCAGAUGGAUCAAUCCUCAGAGACGAUUCCUCGAGGCAUUUCCUCGACAAAUCAUUGAAUUUAAAUUCAGAUCAAGGAAGUCCCUUCAAUUCUGAAAAGCCUAGAUCAGUUUCCAGCAUCCCUAAACAAAACUCUAUGUUUAAGAGUAGAUUUAUUCCUGACAUAAGUGUCACUUCAAUGCCAGUUAAUAAAGCCAGGGAUCAAGAACUCAACGACGAGGGUUUUGAAGAAACGCAAAGUUUAGUCUCAGAAACUCUGAGCCAGGAAACGUCUUCUGGAAAUUACGAAACUGACACGCACGACUCUACCAGAUGUUCGCCAGCUGAUCUUGGAUGCACAGGUACCAAUGAUCAAAGAAGAGGAAGUGACAUUCCAGCUUCUGAACCAAGCCUAACCAGGAUAAAGUCUUUCGAGAGGAGAAACUCCUCCAUGAGAUUGAAAGACGAAGCUUCCAGUUUCCUUCCAAAAAGAUCAGGAAGUCUUAAAAGAGAUUCUCCGAGAAAAGUCGAACCAGUAAAGAGAUCAGAAGCUCUGACUUCAAGAAAUCCUCCUCGGGAUGAAGUUGAACGAUCUGGAUCCAGAAGUAGCUUGAGAAGCUCCAGAAGUUCACUAAAUAGUGCAACUUCUGUUAAUACUGUUCGAAAUUUGGGAUCGAACCACGCUCAUCUAAAUAGAUAUACCUCCGCUAUUCGAGCUUUGACGAGUGAUCUAAGGAAAGGAGCUGGUUCUCCAUCUAAUACUGCUGCAAAAGAAGCUGAGAAACGAAGAAUUGCUCCUAGAACUGGGGUCAGUAGAAUUCCAGCAAGUAGAAGUUCCAGCAGUGGCAGCAGUGUUGGACCAGCUUUAAGAAAUAUCAGGAAGUCGGUUGGUGCAAUUACUGAGUUACCAAGAGGGUCAUCUGGAAAUUUGAAGAUCAGACCGGUUGUUUCUUCUCGAAGUAGUAGCAGUGGAAGCAGUGUUGGUCCUCAUCCCACAACGGCAAGCAGACAAAGUAUUGAUAAGCUGGGAACGAUAGGGACACUGGGAACGCUGGGAACCAGCAAAAGUCGUAUAAUUCAACCACGUCCGAGCCCAAGAAAUCACAGCUUCAUGAGACCAACUGCUGCCAGUGUUAAUAAGGGCUCCAUACCCAAUCUUCCCAAAAGCAUAAAGACCCUUAUUAAAUAGGGACCUUUUAUACUUAUAAAUCCAAAUGCCAAUAUUACCGAGUAGUUUUACAUUUUUAGAUAAGUAAAUCAAUCAAAUAAAUAAAAUAUCGAAUUUCGCGAGCAACAAGCAAAAACCCUUUAUACUGUAACAAGUCUCGAUAAAGAGCCAAUUAUUGUUAGACUAAUUAUUUCAAUAAAAAUAUAGGUAUAGACUAAAA